AAAUUUGUUCAUAAGCAUACAUAAUGCUACAUCAUUUGCUAAUGCUUUAUACAAAAUUGCAUUCAUAAUUGUUUUGUUUCUCCAAGAUGACAAGGACUAUGAUAACACGUUAUCCUUCUCAUCCUCUUCUUCUUCACAAUCCAUCACCAUUAGCAUCUCUGACUUUGCCACCACAACACUCACCUAAUGUUCGAGCAUUCUCACUACCAAAAACGCUGUCGUGUCACCUCUCUCCAUCACACAAUACUCCCAGUUCCAAUUCCACUACAUUGCUCACAAAAAUUCACUCCAAACCCUUACAUUUUGCUCUAUCCGGCGCCCUCUCACUUUGCUUAUUAUUCGGAGGUGCUGAAAUUGCCGAGGCAGCAAAAGCUGGUGUCAAUAAGCCAGAAUUGCUUCCUAAAGAGUUUACUACCGUCAUUGAUGUUGCCGGAUUCCUCUCCGAUGGUCAGGAGAAAAGACUAGCACAAGAGAUUUCUGCUCUUGAAAAAGAUACUGGAUACAAGUUGAGAGUUUUGGCCCAGAACUAUCCCGAUACUCCAGGUUUGGCUGUCAAAGAUUUUUGGCAUGUAGAUGACAGUACAGUUGUUUUUGUUGCUGAUCCCACAUUUGGCAAUAUACUGAAUUUCAACGUUGGUGCUUCAGUUGAUUUGGACAUCCCGCGUAGUUUUUGGAGUCGUUUGGCAGGCAAGUAUGGGAACAUUUUCUAUUGGAGGGAGAAGGGGGAAGACGCAUCAAUUGAAUCAGCAGUUAUAGCAAUUUCGAAUUGCUUGAGAGAACCAGUUGGGCCUAAUAACUGUUCAGAGGUGAAAUAAUUUCUUUCACUACAAUGAUUUCGUUCGGCAUCUCUUAAUCCUCCUAGGUGAAUUUAAGAAUAUUGUGUACUUUCUAUGUUAAUACAUAUGGGAUCAUGAUGUAGUGUAUUGAAACUUCGUUGUAUAAAUAGGAGAUGUAAGAAAUUGUACAUCAUUGUUCAGAAAAUACUUAGUGCUGUGUUUACAAAAAUAAGUGAAAUCAUCAUCAAAAUCAAUAAUUGAUGUUAUAUGUA